AUGGCCGUGGUACAAUUUGGGGCUGAGGAUGAGGCCACCAUUUCGAAGCCUGUUCAAAGGAUGCGAUGGGCCACCCAACGCCGAACUGGUGCCGGCGGAUCGCGAAAGAGACGGUCUAUAAUGGAUAGACUACACCGUCGCACUAGUUCCAAGGAAGAAAAACGAAAAUCGACUACAAGCCCCUUGCCACAUCCCGAGGAGUCGGCGGUUGACGAAGCCUCUGUUGACAGCUCGAAUAUUCGGCGGAUAUUCUGCAACGUACCACUUCCUGAGGACGUGAAGGACGAGAACGGCCGCCUCAUCGCAAAUUAUUCGAGGAAUAAGAUAAGAACGGCAAAAUAUACCCCGUUAAGUUUUAUUCCGAAGAAUUUGUGGUUUCAGUUUCAUAAUGUUGCAAAUAUUUACUUUUUGUUCACUAUUAUUCUAUCUAUAUUUCCUAUUUUCGGCGCCACCAGCCCCGGGCUGAGCGCCGUCCCUCUCAUUUCGAUUUUAACAAUUACUGCCAUUAAAGAUGCCAUUGAGGACUGGAGACGAACCAUACUGGAUACCGAACUAAACAACUCCCCGAUUCAUCGGUUGGUGGAAUGGACCAAUGUUAAUUCAAUUGAAGAUAAUGUCUCGUUAUGGCGGAGGAUCAAGAAGGCAACCUCCAGAGCCGUGAUGAAAUUGUGGCACGUAAUCAUUGCCUUUAAGAAAGGGGGAAAGCUGGAGGUCCCCGAAGAGGAUAUCCUCAAUGGACAACGACCGUCAAUAGAUACUAGACGCACAAAGAGAGACUCGACGUAUUCAUUCAGACAAUCGUUCCAGCAAAAUACUUACCAUUCCCACGAGGAAAACGGUGCCAUACAGAUGACACCUGUACCAUCCCCUAAUCCUGACAAACGCAACGCGCAAAUGGACGGACAAUCAUCCGGGAUGCUCAGAUCUUCAAGUGACUAUCUGUCUCCAGAGCCACCCCAGGCGUCGGACCAUGCGCAUGUGCGUAAUGAAUACGGGAGCGUGCUGAAUAAGUCCAGACAAACUCCCCAAACGGCAAGGUUCAAGCGUGAUUACUGGAAGAACGUGCAAGUGGGCGAUUUCGUGCGAAUUUACAACGAGGAGCCCAUUCCUGCCGACGUAGUUGUGUUGUCCACUUCUGACCCCGACGGGGCUUGUUACGUUGAAACGAAAAACCUCGAUGGAGAAACUAACUUAAAAGUACGACAAGCGCUUCAUUGCACUCGCGACGUAAAGCACGCCAGGGACUGCGAGAAGGCGCAAUUUACGAUCGAGAGCGAGUCUCCGCACCCGAAUCUUUACGAGUAUAACGGGGCGAUUAAGUGGAUGCAACACGACGUGAAUACGCCGGAUGGACCCGGAAGAGAGAUGGUGGAACCCAUUACCAUCAAUAAUAUUUUACUCCGUGGCUGUAGUAUACAGAAUACUGAAUGGGUUUUGGGAAUGGUAGUUUUCACCGGCCUUCAAACGAAGAUCAUGCUAAAUUCUGGCGCUACCCCAACGAAGCGGGCAAGAAUUGCCAGGGGCUUGAACUGGAACGUCAUUUACAAUUUCGUCAUCCUUUUCCUUAUGUGCCUUGUUUCCGGAAUCGUUCAGGGUAUCACCUGGGGUCAAGGAAAAAAUUCUUUGGAUUUAUUUGAAUUUGGGUCAUAUGGCGGCUCACCCCCUGUCGACGGGUUUGUUACGUUCUGGGCUGCAGUUAUUCUCUAUCAGAGUCUCGUCCCGAUCUCACUCUAUAUAUCCUUGGAAAUUGUUCGAACUGCACAGGCCAUCUUCAUCCACAGCGACACAUUCAUGUACUACGACAAACUUGGUUAUCCUUGCACGCCCAAGUCAUGGAAUAUAUCGGACGACCUGGGCCAGAUCGAAUACAUCUUCUCAGAUAAAACGGGAACAUUGACCCAGAACGUGAUGGAAUUUAAGAAAUGCACCAUUAACGGCGUUUCUUACGGUGAAGCGUACACCGAGGCCAUGGCUGGAAUGCAACGUCGCGAGGGUAUCGACGUGGAAGAAGUCUCCAAAAAGGCAAAUGAAGCCAUCGCCAAAUCUCGCGUUCAAAUGCUCCAACAACUACGUUCUAUCCAUGACAAUCCUUAUCUCCGCGAUGAAAAUCUUACCUUUGUUUCCCCCGAAUUCGUCUCUCACCUUUCUGGAUCUGCUGGAGAGGAACAGAGAGCCGCCAAUGAGCAUUUCAUGCUUGCCUUGGCUUUGUGCCAUACAGUUAUAACAGAACGUACUCCAGGCGAUCCUCCUAAACUUGAGUUCAAAGCUCAGUCUCCCGAUGAAGCAGCACUGGUCGCGACCGCACGAGACUGCGGUUUCACCGUGCUGGGAAGAUCGGGUGACGACAUCCGGUUGAACAUUAUGGGUGAAGAGCGGUUAUACACUGUCCUGAAUACUUUGGAAUUCAACUCAUCAAGAAAGCGAAUGAGCGCAAUUAUCCGCAUGCCUGAUGGGAGAAUCAUAUUAUUCUGCAAAGGUGCCGAUAGUAUAAUUUAUUCUCGCCUGACUCGCGGGCAACAGCAGGAACUCAGAAAGUCGACCGCAGGGCAUCUUGAAAUGUUUGCUAGAGAGGGCCUGCGGACACUGUGUAUCGCCGAGCGAGUUCUGAGCGAGGAAGAAUACCGAGAAUGGAAAAGGUCGCAUGAUUUGGCUGCGCAGUCGCUUACUGACCGUGACGUUAAGCUCGAAGAAACCUCCAGCGCCAUUGAACAAGAGCUUACUCUCCUUGGCGGCACUGCCAUUGAGGAUAGGUUGCAGGAUGGCGUCCCCGAUACUAUUUCCCUCCUAGCAACCGCUGGAAUCAAGCUAUGGGUCCUUACAGGGGAUAAAGUUGAAACCGCUAUUAACAUUGGAUUUUCGUGUAAUCUGCUGUCCAACGAGAUGGACCUGAUCGUUUUCAAUAUCGACAAGGAUGACCCUGACUCCGCCACAUAUGAACUCGACACGAAUUUGGCGAAGUUUGGUCUUACUGGCUCUGACGAAGAGCUAAUCGCUGCUCAAAGCAACCACGAACCGCCGGCUCCGACGCACGCUCUCAUUGUAGAUGGAGACACGCUCAAGCUCAUGCUGUCCCCAGAGUUAAAGCAGAAAUUCCUCCUAUUAUGCAAACAGUGCAAAUCCGUGCUGUGCUGCAGAGUUAGCCCUGCUCAGAAGGCCGCUGUUGUACAGAUGGUUAAGACAGGAUUGAACGUCAUGGCUCUUGCUAUUGGCGAUGGUGCGAACGAUGUUGCUAUGAUCCAGGAAGCGGAUGUAGGGGUUGGAAUUGCUGGUGAGGAAGGCCGCCAGGCUGUCAUGUCGUCAGAUUACGCUAUUGGCCAGUUCCGAUUCCUUCAGCGCCUCGUUCUGGUCCAUGGAAGAUGGUCUUAUCGAAGACUUGGUGAAACUGUUGCCAAUUUCUUCUACAAGAAUCUUGUAUGGACGUUUGCGCUCUUCUGGUACUCGAUAUACAACAACUUUGAUUGUUCCUACCUCUUCGACUUCACGUACAUCAUCUUAGUCAACUUGGCUUUUACGUCUCUCCCCGUGAUAUUGAUGGGUAUCUUGGACCAAGACGUGGACGAUAAAGUUUCUCUAGCGGUCCCGCAGCUGUAUAAGACUGGUAUCGAACAGAAGGAAUGGACCCAGAAGAAGUUCUGGCUCUACAUGCUAGAUGGAUUCUACCAGUCUCUUAUGUGUUUCUUCAUGACUUACCUUCUUUAUCGCCCCGCUACCGGAGUGACGGAUAAUGGACUAGACCUAAGCGAUCGGAAUCGCAUGGGGGUGUUUGUGGCUUGUUCCGCCGUGACCGCUAGCAACACAUAUAUUUUAUUGAAUACCUAUCGUUGGGAUUGGUUGACCGUUCUCAUCAAUGCAAUCAGCAGCCUUCUCAUUUUUUUCUGGACGGGUGUUUACACCUCAGUGGACUCCUCUGGCCAAUUUUAUAGGGCCGGCCGGGAAGUAUUCGGCACGCUUACCUUUUGGGCGUUAACGUUUUUAACAGUGACAAUGUGCUUGUGCCCUCGAUUUACGAUUAAAUCGAUCCAAAAGAUAUAUUUUCCGAAGGACGUGGACAUCGUUCGUGAGCAAGUUGUUGCGGGGAAUUUCAAAUACUUGGAUGAAUACGAGGCGUAUGUUCCUCCUACUGCUCGGGACUUGUCCCCCGCGUCCACAGACCUUGGGAAAAUUGACGUGUCGACGAAGCGACCGAAAUCCGUGCCUGAAGACGAACGACCAAUCUACCCACCAUCUGUUGCGCCUACUGCAACGACCCACAACCCCAGAAGCCAAAACGGAAGCGAUGGAACUGGAUACACCGCAAGCUUAGAAUUCCGACACCACCAGCAGCAAUCAAUUGAUCAUGGGACGUCAUACGACCGCGUUCGUCGGUCAAUGGAUCCGGUUCGGAGCAGCUUUGAAGUAACCCGCGAUUUCACAUCCGCCGCAAUGCUUAGUCGCAUGGAGUCGACUCACGAAGAUUAACACGAACUGCAAUACCCAACAACCCAGCUUUCAGAUCUCCUCGCCCCAUCUAACAAUUAAAUUCUCUAUGUUAUCCCGCUGACCCUUGUUUUCACUUUAUGUCGACCCAGUUAAUGUAUAGUUUCUCCGACCGCCACCAUGUCCCUAAUGACCUUCUUCCCUUGCACACAUGUUUCUUUUUUUCCCCUUCGUUACUAUUUACUUGCGCCACUUUCAAUUAUUUCAAUUACGCGGAUGCAUUCUAUAUUCUGCACCGAAAUAUCCGCAUGAGCGUCAAUUCUUAUAUACUUACUCCAACGCCUCGCUUCUUUUCCAAAUUUCUCCUUUUAUCCUCACGUUAUUACCAUUAGAGGCGUUCAACUUGUUGCAUGUUUGGCAUUUGGCUUUUCAGAGGAGGGAAAAUCGCACUUGUUUUUUUGGUAUUUUUUUCUUCUGUUGAUCGGCGUGUGGAAUUGUCAAUUUUCCUUCCGGAGAUUUAUAUAUAUAAAAGCAACUUCUUGUUUUUG